AUGGCGGAUUUGGACGAUCUCUUAAACGAAUUAACCGCGGAACUUGACGAUGAUCCGGAUCCCCGUUCACCCGUGCGUCCGUUGCCAUCGAACAUCCCAUCCAGAUUCGCCCCUAAAGAGCAAAUCCCCGUUUCAGCUCUUCAAAAGAAAUGCAGCCCCGUCUUCUUGUCAGGUUCCAUGACCGCCGUGGGACUGGGAUCGCAUAGCAGCCCGAGGAGCUGCGAUAAACUGAUCUGCUUAGCUUGUGAUUGUAGGGUGGUGAGCUUCGAUAACUACCAGUGGACCGAUGACGUUGAUUACCUCUUCUUAAGGAACAAUUAUCCCGAUUAUUCGCGACUCCAAUGCCAUCUGAGGCCUCGACGCGGCUCCAGGGCCUACGCCUGUCAGUGCCAACAUCAAAGUGCGAUCGAAACCCGGAAAGUUGGGGUCAAUCUUGUCAGUUCCGGUUUGAAAUGGACCUGUACGAGUCAUCCCAUUGUGUAAUCCUUUGGUCACCACACUCCGUAUUAAAUGAGUCGCCUAAACCAAUCAGGUUCUGCUCCAAUUUGUAUAUUCCUCAGUCAUAGGAAAAUCACACUCUUUCUGGGACCAAGUGCUUUGAUAUUUUUUCUGACAAGUACUUUAAAUACACUAACCAUAUUUGAA